AUGCCUGCAGAAGCUCGCGGCGCGGACGCCGCAUCCCCCGCCGAUCGCCUACCCGCGAUGGCUACAACAACAGUCAAAGUGGAUGGAAUGACCUGCGGAGCGUGUACCUCUGCUGUCGAGGGCGCAUUCAAGGGGGUCGAGGGUGCUGGCGAUGUGUCCGUCAGUCUGAUCAUGGGCCGCGCCGCUGUCCAACACGACCCAUCCAUACUUCCGCCAGCCAAAGUUGCGGAAAUGAUUGAAGACUGUGGAUUUGAUGCUGCGGUUCUAUCGACGGAGGAACAUAUCACGACGACAGAUACCGAUGUUCUGGGUGGUCCGGCAACACAUUCCUCGACGACGACGCUCGCGAUCGAGGGCAUGACCUGCGGCGCAUGCACUUCAGCAGUGGAAACUGGGCUCGUAGGCGUCGCUGGAGUGAACUCAGUCAAUGUAUCACUUCUCUCGGAGCGUGCGGUAGUAGACCACAAUGCGGAGAUCAUCACGCCGGAGCAGAUCGCAGAGCUGGUUGAGGACCGAGGAUUUGGUGCUCGGGUAUUGGAAACCAAAGCAUCGUCUGCCGGCCAGGAAGACUUGUCCAAGCUCGCCGACCUGACAGAGAAUAAGUCGGGACAGAUGGUAACAACCGUUGCAAUCGGCGGUAUGACUUGCGGCGCUUGUACUUCCAGUGUCCAGAACGCCGUCGCCAAUGCGGAAGGCGUGAUUCAGUUCAACGUCAGUCUCCUGGCCGAGCGUGCGGUGAUUGUACAUGAUUCAUCAAUUCUUUCGGCCAACGCUAUUGUUACGAUGGUGGAAGAUGCUGGGUUUGAUGCAUCAAUCGUUUCAUCCGAAACACAAGAGCCGCUUUCAAGAAAAACCCAGCAGAUCAGCUUGAGCAUUCACGGUCUAAGAGAUCCGACAUCUGCCUCUGCGCUCGAGGAGGCGCUCCUUAGCCGGCCAGGGGUCAAGUCUGCCACGAUGAAACUAGGAACUUCCCGAUUACUUGUUACAUUCGACACAUCCGUCAUUGGAAUCCGUUCAGUGUUCGAAGUGAUUGAGUCCGCCGGCUACAAUGCACUGAUAACCGAUACCGACGACACUAACGCACAGCUGGAGUCCUUGGCCAAAACCAAAGAAAUCCAGGAAUGGCGACGCGCAUUCAUCACCUCCAUCUCCUUCGCUGUUCCCGUAUUUGUCAUCAACAUGAUCCUGCCGAUGUACCUGCGCGCAGUCGAUUUUGGCAGGUUCCAACUGCUACCGGGCCUUUAUCUUGGUGAUCUGAUUUGUCUUGGUCUCACGAUUCCUGUACAGUUUGGCAUUGGCCGACGGUUCUACAUUACCAGCUACAAAUCACUCAAGCACAAGUCCCCAACCAUGGACGUUCUUGUCAUGUUGGGCACGUCUGCAGCCUUCUUUUACAGUUGCUUCACCAUGAUCAUGGCUAUCUUCAGCGAUCAGCACAAGCGACCGAGCACUGUUUUCGAUACUAGUACCAUGCUUAUCACAUUCAUCACAUUGGGAAGAUGGUUGGAGAACCGGGCGAAGGGACAGACAUCUGCAGCCCUCUCCCGUCUUAUGUCUUUGGCUCCAUCCAUGACCACUAUCUACGAAGACCCUAUUGCGGCCGAGAAGUUGGCUGACGGUUGGACGGCGCAGAGUACUCCACAUGCGCCGAAGUCCACACUGUCUGACGAUACUUCGGUGAAUCAAAAGAUUAUCCCCACCGAAUUAAUCCAAGUUGGUGACAUCGUUAUCCUCCGUCCCGGUGAUAAGGUCUCUGCGGACGGGGUUGUAAUUCGGGGUGAAAGUUAUGUCGACGAAAGCAUGAUCACUGGAGAAGCUCUGCCCAUCCACAAGAAGAAAGGUAGUCAUGUUGUCGCUGGAACUGUCAACGGCACAAGCUCAGUCGAUUUCAAGGUGAUCCGGGCCAGCAAAGAUACCCACCUGAGCCAAAUCGUAAAGCUGGUCCAGGAUGCACAGACAAGCCGAGCUCCAAUCCAGCGCAUGGCCGACAUUGUGGCUGGCUAUUUCAUUCCAACUAUUAUCGGUCUCGGAUUGAUCACUUUCUUCGGUUGGAUGUUCCUUAGCCAUGUGUUGGCGAAUCCGCCCAAGAUCUUUCAGUCGGAAGAUAGUGGCGGCCGAGUUAUGGUUUGCCUGAAGCUCUGCAUUUCAGUCAUCGUCUUCGCCUGCCCCUGUGCCUUGGGUCUUAGCACACCAACCGCAGUCAUGGUUGGAACUGGAGUUGGCGCCGAGCAUGGCAUUCUUAUCAAGGGUGGUGCUAUUCUCGAGGCCGCCACAACAAUCAACCACGUUGUCUUUGACAAGACAGGUACCCUAACUACAGGUCGGAUGAGCGUGGCUCAGGUCCGUAUUGAGCCUCAGUGGACGGUAAAUGACUGGCGCCGCCAAUUGUGGUGGCUUAUUGUCGGUCUCGCGGAGAUGGGCAGUGAACACCCCAUUGGCCGCGCUAUUCUGCUCGAAGCCAAGUCCGAGUCAGGUCAUCCAGGAGAAGACGGUUUGCCUGGCAGUAUCGGCGAUUUCGAUGCAUGUGUCGGCAAGGGCAUCUCUGCCGUCGUUGAGCCCACAUCCAGCGUCGAGCGUGUCCGGUAUCAGGUGCUUCUCGGCAACGCAAACUUUCUACGAUCAAGAGAUGUACCUGUGCCUGCGGCGGCGGACCCUGAAACUUCGGAAUCUGAUGAGGACAUGGAGCAAACCGUCCCGAAGCCUACCGGUGCCGCGUCCGGCAUCACGAGGAUCCAUGUUGCCAUCGACAACCGUUACGCAGGAACUAUCUCACUCCGCGACAGUGUCAAAGAUACUGCAGCCGCAGCCAUCGCAGCUCUUCACCGCAUGGGCAUCUUCACUUCCAUGGUAACCGGUGACACUUCCUCGACAGCGCUCUCAAUCGCCUCGGCCGUCGGCAUCCCGGCAUCUGCCGUCCACGCUUCCGCCUCUCCAUCCGACAAACGCGCCAUCAUUUCAUCCCUCCAGCUGAACGGCGAGCGCGUCGCCAUGGUUGGCGACGGUAUCAACGACUCUCCGGCUUUGGCAACUGCCACCGUGGGCAUCGCCUUAGCCUCAGGCACCGACGUCGCCAUGGAAGCAGCAGACAUUGUCUUGAUGCGUCCCGAUGACCUCCUUUCCGUACCGGCCAGCCUGUCGCUCUCGCGCUCGGUCUUCAACCGUAUCAAGCUGAACCUAGUCUGGGCGUGCCUGUACAAUAUCAUCGGUCUGCCCUUUGCUAUGGGCAUUUUCCUCCCCUUCACAGGGUUCAUGCUCCCGCCCAUGGCCGCCGGUGCUGCGAUGGCAGCUUCGAGCGUCUCGGUUGUUGUCAGCAGCUUGCUUUUGAAACUUUGGCAUCGCCCGUCCUGGAUGGAGAUCGAGCGGCUCGAGAAGGAGCUUAGUUUGGGGGCUAUCCCUACCGGUGGUGGUGCACGUCGUGGGCACAAGGCAGGCUGGUGGGCCCCUGCUACCAUCCUUUCUGACCACCCUCGGUCUAUCCGCUUGUGGGUCAGGGACAGUGUUUCAGCACUGUGGUCCAUGGCUACUGGGAGGCGGACUGUUAUUCGCGAGGAUGAAGGGUAUGUUCCGCUACAGACUGUUGAGCCUCCUGUCUAA